GAUGGCUCGCUCUUUGUGAUGCGGUUUUCCGCAAUAAGCCACUGUGUGUAAUGCUGUGUAAUUUUAUCCACGCUGCACUCUCUUGAUUCACGCAAGGCUGAUACCUUGCCUCCCCCUUUCCUUUGUAUCAAUUGGUCGGAGUUCAGGCUAUUGUCACUGGAAGGUUCUUUUAGAUCUGUGCACGCUGUCGAUCAGCGAAAUCUCACGAUAGGCUCCUUGUAGGAUCCAGAACUUUUUAUAAUCCACUGUAGGGAGAGCAAAGGAGACGAUAACCGCCAGGACGAGACCACACUGUUGUCAACGCACUGGCCCUAAUCGACCACCGCUUCACCAGAUCACUUCAGAUAAAGAGACGGCAGAGGAACACAUCUGCGUGCCAAUGUUUCGUGGGCAGGAUCAUUACGUUUUGCCACCACUACGGCAAAGGCAUACGCCAACUCUUUAAUGGGACCCCGGAGGCCAUUUCUAUCCAUUCUUGUCAGAAUCUUACGAUAUACAGCCAUGCCACAAUGGUUAUAAUUCAGUUCCUGUUGUUGCUGAGUUUCUUGGACCAAAGCAAGCAGGAUUAUCUGUCUCCGAGGCUUGCUAGGACUUCAGGGGCGCCUUGUGCCAGGGGCCAGGCGUGUGACCCAAGGCAGCGGAGAGAUGCUGGGGGACGCGGUGGAGUCUACGAGCACCUCGGAGGAGCACCAAGAUGCAGAAAACUUUACUGUGCAACUAAAUAUCAUUUGCAAAUACACCCAAGCGGGAAAAUAGACGGGUCUCUUGAGGAAAACAACCAAUUUAGCAUCAUGGAGAUCACAGCAGUGGAUGUUGGAGUGGUAGCGAUAAAGGGGAUAUUUUCCGGGAGGUAUCUGGCCAUGAAUGAUAAAGGACGUCUAUACGCCUCGGAUGUGUUCAACCAGGAGUGUGAGUUCCUGGAGCGGAUUCAUGAGCUGGGCUACAACACAUAUGCUUCACGACACCACUCCACCCUGCAGCCCCCUGCAGUGGGUGGCAGUGGCAAACGACGAGCCAGUGCCACGAGGCAGUGGUAUGUGUCCAUCAAUGGUAAAGGCCGGCCAAGGAGGGGCUUUAAGACACGCAGCACUGACAAAGCCUCCCUUUUCCUGCCUCGAGUGCUAGGCAAUAAGGACCAUGAGAUGGUGCGAAAGCUCCGUGACAGCCAGAGGCCUCCAGCUGGACAGCAGAGUCCCACUAUGGGCCGGGCUGAGCACCGGAGACGGAGACACCGGGCCCGUGGCAGAAAGGGCAGAACCAAGAGGCCUGGUGACUGACUGACACUCGCCACUGCCUGAGCAGUAGGCCCUAUUUCUCCGCUGAGGAGCACCAGUUCACGGCACAUGAAAAUGACCAAAAACAGACUUACUGAAAUAUCUGUUUUUAGAAGGAGAAAAUUUCACUUGGAUCAGUCAGUGGCAGCAAGCUAUACUUCAUUGUACAAGCUCCCGCCAUAAUCCUUGCUUGAGAUACAUGCAACUCGAACCAUCCCCCACAACUAUUGCAAUACCAACACAAGAUUUGCCUGGGAAUUCGAGUCAGGCACAUACAUCUAAAGUUAGAUCUACCACUACACAAGUAUGAAAGGAUGAUAGGUUUGGUGUUUGUUUUGUACAUACACGUGUGAAUGUGACUAAAGUCAACACAGCUGGAUAUCUUCUUACUGUCGUAUUACCUGGAAGAAGACAAGUUAUUUUUGUGUUCUUGUGGAACUUUUUAACGAUCAUAAUUUAAAAAUAUAUAUAUAUAUAUUUCACCUUUAUUUAACCAGGUAGGCUAGUUG